UUGAAAUCUGUAUCAUCCAUUUGAUAGUUCUUCUUUGCAUGUUAUCAUGAAUAGUUUUCGUGGGGCAAAGAAUAAUGGCUGUUCUAAACAAAAGCAUCUACCAGGAGAAAAAUGUAUGUGAUUGCAAACAGCUGAGUUACUGCAAGUUAGUAAGCAAUUGCCAGACACCUGACUGAAUAAUCCUCUGCAGUUCUGAGUCAAACAUGUGAAUGCAAGAGCCAAAGCAGUUGUUUAAAUUAAUGUACUUUGCCUGGCUGUAACCACAAAGUGGAGUCCUAGUCUCUGUGGAAGAGCUAUGUAUCACUGGACAGGAAAGGCACGCUGUCACCUGCUCAAGCUGAAGGGGAGACUUGUAGCCUAGUUGUCUCACAAGGUUGACUGUUCUGUGGUGUCUUCACUAUUAGCCAGUCAACAUAACUUGCUAAAUUGUGAUUGCUCAAACUGAGCAAGUGUUUUAAUAUACUCUUGAACUCAGAAUGUGUAUGGAAUGGCACUUCAUGUCUUAUUGUAUAGUUUGAGCAAUGUGAGAUCCUUGAACGGCUGAAGACUUCGGCAAGUAGAAGGAAUGCCAGUGCUCCAUCUUUUAAAAUCUUUUCAUCCUUUUUAGUAACAGUUUAGAUAAUGUUAAAUAUUUAGAUCCCAUUGUGGUCUGCAGUGUCAAAUACGUUGAGUCUUUGCUUGCUGGCUUUGUUAUGUCAUAAGGGCUUAAAAGAUUAAUGAGCACAUCAGGUCAAUCAACUAUGUUUCAUGUUAACAGUAUUCCUGUAGUGUGCUAACAGUGUAUGUGGCUUAGACUCUAGUAACGUCAAAGUGUUCUGUUUAAAGACCAACUUAUGGAACAGAAAAAGAAGAAAAGAUUGAGAAUAGCAAACUUUUUACCUAUACACACUAAUAAAAUAAAGUAUUGUAGCAGAAACCAGCUGCUUUUGUUGUGUAGAGCUCAAAUAAUUUCUGUUCUUUUAUCAAUUGUGACUUCAUUCAGAAGCUAAAUAGAAACUUUCUCUGCCUUCCUAAGCUAAUUCUCUCAAAGACUUCCAUUGAUAUGGAGAGAUCAACUGAAAGAAGGCUAAUGUAAUGGAUAUACAGGUCCCUCUUGGCAUCCUAUAUAAACGCUUGCCCAUCUUUUGACUUCUUGUAUGCAAAACAGUGAGAUUUCAAGAUGCACUAUGCAAAUACAAAAGAAUGUAACUUUUAUCUUUGGACUCAGCAAGGAGCAACAGUUUUAAUUUUAUACUAUAUGGUACUACAGUGUUCUCGGAAGAAGAGCAGAUCAAUAUGAUGUUGGCCAAUCUAUACAAGAAAGCAGGUCAAGAACGCUCAUCUGUUACGAGCUACAAAGAAGUACUAAGGCAGUGCCCUUUAGCACUUGAUGCCAUACUAGGCUUGCUCUCGCUGUCGGUGAAAGGUGCAGAAGUGGCCUCCAUGACAAUCAACGUAAUUCAGAGUAUUCCUAACUUGGAUUGGCUUUCCGUGUGGAUCAAGGCAUAUGCUUUUGUCCAUACUGGAGAUAAUACAAGAGCAAUAAACACCAUUUGCUCUUUAGAGAAAAAGUCAUUGCUGAGGGAUAAUGUAGACUUACUGGGGAGCUUAGCAGACCUGUAUUUCAGAGCUGGAGAUAAUAAAAACUCUAUUCUAAAAUUUGAACAAGCACAAAUGUUGGAUCCUUACCUAAUAAAAGGAAUGGAUGUAUAUGGUUAUUUAUUGGCACGUGAAGGUCGACUAGAGGAUGUGGAGAACUUGGGCUGCCGUCUCUUCAAUAUUUCUGAUCAACAUGCGGAACCCUGGGUGGUAUCUGGGUGUCACAGUUUCUACAGUAAACGAUACUCUCGUGCCUUAUAUUUAGGAGCCAAAGCUAUCCAGCUUAAUAGUAACAGUGUUCAAGCUCUCCUGCUGAAAGGAGCUGCUCUUAGGAAUAUGGGCCGAGUACAAGAAGCAAUUAUACACUUUCGUGAAGCAAUACGCCUUGCGCCUUGCAGGCUGGAUUGCUAUGAAGGUCUCAUCGAAUGUUACCUAGCAUCCAACAGCAUCCGUGAAGCUAUGGUUAUGGCAAAUAAUGUGUAUAAAACUCUGGGAGCAAAUGCACAGACACUCACUCUAUUAGCGACAGUCUGUCUCGAAGACCCAGUCACACAGGAAAAAGCAAAAACAUUAUUGGACAAAGCGCUAACGCAAAGACCUGAUUACAUUAAAGCCGUGGUAAAGAAAGCAGAACUUCUUAGUAGAGAACAAAAGUAUGAAGAUGGAAUUGCUUUGCUGAGGAAUGCACUGGCUAAUCAGAGUGAUUGUGUUCUGCACCGAAUACUGGGAGACUUUCUUGUAGCUGUCAAUGAGUAUCAGGAAGCAAUGGACCAGUACAGUAUUGCCCUAAGCUUGGAUCCAAAUGAUCAGAAGUCACUAGAAGGAAUGCAGAAAAUGGAAAAAGAGGAAAGUCCAACAGAUGCAACCCAGGAAGAAGAUGUGGAUGAUAUGGAGGGAAGUGGAGAAGAAGGGGACUUGGAAGGCAGUGACAGUGAAGCAGCUCAGUGGGCAGAUCAAGAACAGUGGUUUGGCAUGCAGUAAUGGCCUCUCAUCCUGCUGCUUGUUUUGGCACUUGAACAUACCACUAGGGCCAUUCUUUGAAAAACACAAACUAUGAUUUUUGCAGUAACAAAGGACUUUUUUUUUUCUUCUUCUUUUUUUUGUUUUUUGAAAAAUAGACUCUGAAACCAUUUAAUAGUUCUAUGCAUCUCAAUGCCAUGAAGAUUCUUGAUGCUUCUUAUUUAUUAAGUGUAAGGGACUAACUGUGUUGGAGGUUAUUUGCAACUUUCAUUUCAAAAAAAUCCUGCUAAAACUAAAAACAUUAGAAUCUGAAGUGUGUAAUAAGCCUGUUUAUGAUGAAAACAAUGUCUAAAUUCUGUCCAAGGCUAAGUGUGCUUGAUCGAUUUGUAAAUACAGUGGUUUGUACUCCUUUGUGGAAAAGGUCUUCCUCUCUUGUUUGUAUGCUACCAUUUGGGCUCACGCUCCUGUUGAAGUCUGGAGGAGUUGCUUGGGUGUGGCUGAAAGCAGCACUUUUCUCUUGCUGUGUUUGUUGAAUUAAUUUGUUUGUUUAUAAGGCAUUACAUGUGCUGUAAAGGAGAAGUUUGGUACGCUAGGCAACUUUGACUUACAGGACGCUUUUGUAAGCUGACUGAUUUCAUUGUGUACAGAACUAAGCCAGUGUUGGAGAAUUACAGUCAUUUCCUCAAUCCUUACUAAACCCUGUAAUCACUUAAAGACUGUACAUGAACAUUUAUUUUUAAAUGCAGUUUAGUUUUAUUUCAGUAUGUUACUAAAAGGUUUUACAGCGGUGACUCAAAGCACUUCACAUUCUCUAUACAGCACUGACAUUUAAAAUGAUAUAAAAACAAUUCAUGCCUUUUCACUUGCAUUGCUGUAGAAAUGUUAAAUUAUUCAAAUACACAUAUUGUCUUGGUUUUGCCAUGUUUAUACACUUCAUGUUUUUGUCAGGUAAUAUUUGAAUUCAUGUGUUUUCCCUCACCUUUUGAAGCAAAGUUGCAUUGCUUCACGUACAAAUUCUCAACGUCGGUCUUUGAAGGGUGAGCUUCUUUGUGUAAUCUAGAAACUGUUUCAGUUCUGUGGGCUUGAUGUGUGGGAGGAGGAAUUACUUCUUGCUCUUAUUUUUCUUAUAGUUCUGAUUUCCUUACUUUUUACUAAAACAUGCAUUUUUAUAUUGGCAA